CGAAACUGCGUUGUGCAGACUUUUUAACCAACUUGCCAAACGUGUCGUUAUACUUUUGCACGAUACAAUUUGUCCUUUUUAACUUUUUUUUCUUAUACAUUCUUAUUACAACGUUGUCAUCAAAUUCAAGUUUUAGAUUUUCAACGGAUUAUGUCAGCACUGUCAAUUUGCUCCAAAUCAUUUAGCAGAUUUUCAAGGACAAAGGUUCGCAGGCAAAGAUUAACUAAAUCAGUGGUCAGAUAUAAAAUGCACGCAGCUAUGAUACACGAAGAAAAUGAAAAUUUCGAAGAAUUCACUUCUACCAAAGUGCAGUUUUCAGGCUUUUCUUGGCUGCAUCAGGUUGCUCCGGCUUUUCCUGUCGAUGGCUCCAAAGUCACUGUGAUUUAUGAACCAAAAGAUUUUUAUACAACACUUUUGGAAAAAUGUAAGACUGCCAAAAAAAGAAUCACUCUGGCUUCUCUGUAUUUGGGAACUGGUAAAUUAGAACAGGAAUUAGUUAAAAGUAUUAGAGAAACUGUUGAAUCACAAUCAAAAAAUGUGGAAGUAAAUAUUCUACUAGAUUACCAGAGAGGUUCUAGGGGUGAAAUCAAUUCUAUACAUAUGCUUAUGCCAAUGCUUAUUAAUGAUAGGAGAAAAAACUGCAAAGUAUUUUUUUAUCACACACCGAAAUUGAGGGGAUAUUUAAAAGAAUUCAUUCCCACACGGUUUAAUGAAUUAAUAGGACUGCAACACAUGAAAGUGUACUUGAUAGAUGAUACUCUCAUAAUAAGCGGAGCAAAUUUGAGCAAUGACUACUUUAAUAAUAGGCAAGACCGUUAUUUUAUGAUUGAAAAUAGUCCAGAUUUAUGUGAUUUUUAUCAUAAGCUAGUAAAAAAAGUCACAGAGUUCAGUUUUCAACUAGAUUCUUAUGGUGGAUUGCAUUAUCAUAGUGAUUCUCAUCCAACCGAAACAUCUGAAGAUCUCUUUACUGCUGAAGCAUAUCAGAAAAUACAUGGUUUACUUCAGUCAGAAAUUGAACAACGUUCUGAACUUAAUGCAUCAGCAAAAUCAGAUACAUGGAUUUUUCCAUUAGUGCAAAUGGCCCAAAUAAAUCUAAAACAUGAUAGCAAAAUAACAUUAAAACUAUUAGAAAAUGCACCAGCUGGUGCCACUUUGAGAUUGGCAACCGGAUACUUCAACUUAACAUCUGAAUAUAAAAAUGCUAUUCUCAAAGAUUGUCAAGCUGAUUGUCAUUUGCUAACAGCACAUCCAGAAGCAAAUGGAUUUUAUGGAGCAAAAGGUGUAGCAGGAGGUAUUCCGGCUGCUUAUACAAAAAUAGAAAAAUCAUUUUUCAAUCAAUGCAAAGAAUUGAAACAAAAUAAUCGUGUCAAAUUAUGGGAGUUUGUCAAAGCUGGAUGGACUUAUCAUGCAAAAGGAUUGUGGUAUUCUCUACCUGGCCAUGAUAAACCUUCUUUAACGCUUAUUGGCUCACCUAAUUUUGGUUAUCGAUCAGUAGAAAAAGAUUUAGAAACGCAAAUUGCUAUUGUUACGAAAAAUGAAGCUCUGCAAGAUUCGUUGCAAAAGGAACACAAGCGACUGUUUGAAAAGGCUACUCCAGUAACUGAAAAAACUUUUACCCAAAAAGAAAGAUUACCACCUGCGUGGGUUAGAAUGGCAGUGUAUUUCUUCCGGUAUUACUUUUGAAAGAUUUUUUGAACGGUAUAAUCUAUGCAAUGUAAGUGUUUUGUUGAUUGAAACAAAUAAUCAA